GGAAUCCUCCUCUUUCAUCUUCCUUUACUUCUCUUUUGUGAAAGCUUUGAAUUACUUUUUCUUACCUUUAAUGUGAUGUUUUUGUACAAUAUUACGAUCAUUAACCAUUUUUGCAACUUAGGAAGUUCCUAAAUUGAAUCGAGCAUGGCUGCAUAUGCCUUUCUGGCUCCUGUGGAUACUUUGCUGCAUCAUCUUCUGAAUUCAUCUCAAGUUCAUCUUCUUCGAUCGGAUAAAAAACUCCUACAAUUUUCCUACAACAAAGUUGUGUCCUUACAAAAGGCUGUCGAAGAUUUCGAAACAUUGGAUGUAAGCGAAAAUAGUUGCAAGAAGGCGAAGUUCUUGGAUCGACUAAUCAAAGAGGCGGUGAGGAGGUUCGAAGACAUUCUCGAACCACAUUUAUCGACUCAAUAUCUAUCGCAAAUCGCAAACUCGAAUAAUCCAAAUCAUCCGCGAGUUUUCGUGGUAGACCUCAAGGAGGUGAAAGAAGACAUUUCAUCUUUUACGCGAUUUGUGAUGGCGAUCACGAUGGAGUAUGUCGAGAACAUGAAGUCGGGCGAGAAAGAAAUGUCUUCUUCUAGAAGCAAAAAUGUAGGCGAAAGCACGAUCAAAUAUUCCGAAGGCGCGCAACUUGAUUACUUACAAAUGAAGAGCCUUCAAAACUACUCCGUAGAUAAAGUGGAAGAAGUCGAGUACGAGGAAGAAUGCUGGCGACCAACAAGUAACUAUCAAAUGGUCGGAUUAGUCGAUCAAUUUGUUGAACUCAAAACUUCGCUCGUAAAGGGCUCCCACGAGAUUACAAUAAUCUCGGGGAUGGCUGGUAUUGGUAAGACUACUCUGGCUAGACAACUUUUUAACGAUCCCUUGAUCUCGAGUCACUUCAAGUACCGCGCUUUUGUCUCGAUAGGACAAAAGUACGAGUUGAAACAAGUUGUAAUAGAUAUAUUGUCUCAAAUGGAGGAUCAUGACAUUGAAAUGUUGCAAUGUAUAAAGGAAAGGGAGUUGUUGAAGUAUUGGGAAAGAAUCUCGAAAACAAAGAGAUACCUACUUGUAUUGGAUGAUGUAUGGAGCCUUCAUUUAAGCUCUUCUUUAAAACUAGUACAAGGAAAAGGUCGAACCCUCGUAACGUCGAGGAUCGAAAGCGUUUUCGCCUACUCAAACGAUGUCCAAAUGCGCUUCCUUAGCGAAGACGAGAGUUGGUUCCUACUUCGCGAGAAAGUUUUUGGAAAGGAUUCUUUAUGCCCUUCCGAGCUCGUCGAAGUUGGAAAAAAGAUAGCGAAGAAUUGCGAGGGGCUCCCUUUAGCAAUUGUUGCGAUUGCGAAACUUUUAAGAUCGAAAGGCGAGGAAACCUUAACCUUAGAGUAUUGGAACAUUGUGUCCGAAGAUGAUAAUCCUCUUUCGAUUGGAAACGAUGAUCAAGAUCCGAUGAUGAACACUUUGUACUCGAGUUACGAACCGUUGAUACAAAGCCUAAAAGCGUUCUUUUUGUACAUGGGAGUUUUUCCGCGAAGAUUUGAGAUGGUCGCGUCGAAGCUGUUCAAGCUAUGGUUAGGCGAAGGCUUCAUCAAGACGAGAAUGGUCGACGAAGGCGAUUGGGAAGAGAUUUGUAUGAUGUACUUGAAUGAGCUGAGGAUCAGCAAUGUUGUUUUGAUCAUUGAAGUUUCUUUAGAAGGUAAGAUCAAAACUUGCAAGCUGCAUUCGGUUUUUUGGCAUCUCUGCGUCGGCGAGGCGAGGAAGGAGGAUUUUUUUCGAAUUGUUCGAGGAUAUUCGAGCGAUUUAUUCGCCGAAUGGAUAAAAGGGCAGCGAAGAUUGUGCGUUCAAAACAACACCUUGUUCGGGAUUAAAGAUUCCUACAAUUUGAUAUCCUCUGUUUCGAGCGCGCGCUCGCUUCUUUGCACCGGCGUGCACCAUAACUAUCCGGUGCGUAUGUGUUUCGAGAUGAUGUUGCUCCGAGUGCUCGAUGCUCUUACUAUCCGAUUCUACGUGUUCCCCUACGACGUCGUGAAACUAAUGUUGUUACGGUACCUUGCUUUCACUUACACCGGAUUGCUACAUUCGUCGAUAUCCCAGCUUUGGAAUCUUCGAUUCUUAAUCAUCCGGCGACAUUUAUGUAUUAUAUCGCCUAAAGCGCCGUUACUUUUGCCGGUGGAGAUUUGGCAAAUGAAAGAACUCCGUCAUCUUGAAGUCACCGGAGGUGUCCUACCGGAGCCUUACGCCGGCGCGAUCCUACCAAAGCUAGCGACAAUUUUGGACAUUAGUGCACAGAGUUUUCGAGCUAAAGUUGUCGACGCCAUUCCAAAUGUCGACAAGCUAGGAAUCGAGAUCGACUCAUCGGCAGAUGAUCCUUUUUCCUUCUUCGACAACAUUUCUCGACUCGAAAAUUUAACGUCCCUUAAAUGCAGUGUUAUAAAUCCGAAGCCGAAGUCGCAGGCCGUCGCGCCCCCUGCUCCGGCUGGGAUAUUUCCGCCAAAGCUUCGGAAGCUGAGCUUGAGUGGAUUUGGAUAUCCAUGGAAGUACAUGAGGGAGAUUGGUGAAUUGGAGUGUCUGGAAGUGCUGAAGCUGAAGAACUAUGCCUUCCAUGGCGUCGAAUGGAAGUCUAAUAAUUCGGAGUUUCCGAAUCUGAGAUUCUUGUGCCUUGAAGAUCUUGAUUUGGUUCGAUGGCGAUGUAAUCGAUCCUCGUUCCGGCGAGUGAGGAAAUUGGUGAUCAGGCAUUGCUACAAACUGCAGAAAAUUCCAGAGGAGCUUGGGAUUGAUCCUUCGGAGAUGGAAGUGAUGGAGCUUGUGGAAGUCAAGCCUUCGGUUGUAGCUUCUGCUAAAAAUGUGAUUCUGCAACGGAAGAAGAAAAAUGUCGAAGGACUGCAACUUUAUGUGGAUUGUGAGUGGGAAGAUGAGCUCCCCCGGCAGCCAUGAUUUUCUCUGUAAGCAAGCUUGGAGAGUGAUGAAUGUUGCAGAUGAUAUAUAGUUAUGUUACUUUAGGGUUGUGUUUUUGUUGUCGCUUAUUGAUAAGGUAAAAAGUAUAAUUAAAAUUUAUUUAUUUUUGUU